UGGCUGACCGCCGCCGGCAGCCCAGUGGCCCCGGCCGCCUAGGACUUUGCGGAGGCCUAGCCGGCCACGGACUCUCUGGAGGGGCUAAGAUGGAUCUUGUACUCAAUGCUGCAGAUUAUUAUUUUUUUACACCGUACAUCUAUCCAGCCUCAUGGCCUGAGGAUAACAUCUUCAGACAAACUAUUAGUCUCCUGAUUGUAACAAAUCUUGGAGCUUAUAUCCUUUAUUUCUUCUUUGCAACACUGAGCUAUUAUUUUGUCUAUGAUCAUGCAUUAAUGAAGCAUCCACAAUUUUUAAAGAAUCAAGUCUAUAGAGAGAUCAUAUUUACUGUCCAGUCAUUGCCAUGGAUUAGUAUUCCCACGGUGUCACUGUUCCUGCUAGAGUUGAGAGGUUACAGCAAAUUAUAUGAUGACAUAGGAGAGUUUCCCAGUGGCUGGUUUCGCCUCAUCGUUAGCGUAAUGUCCUUCCUCUUUUUCACCGACAUGCUGAUCUACUGGAUUCACAGAGGCCUUCAUCAUAGACUUGUGUAUAAGCGCAUACACAAACCUCAUCAUCUCUGGAAGAUUCCGACUCCAUUUGCAAGCCAUGCUUUUCACCCUGUGGAUGGCUUCCUUCAGAGUCUACCUUACCAUAUAUACCCUUUUAUCUUCCCGUUACACAAGGUGGUUUACUUAAGUUUGUACAUCUUGGUGAAUAUCUGGACGAUUUCCAUUCAUGAUGGCGACUUCCGUGUCCCCCAAAUCUUAAGGCCAUUUAUUAAUGGCUCAGCCCAUCAUACAGACCACCACAUGUUCUUUGACUACAACUACGGACAGUAUUUCACCUUGUGGGAUAGAAUUGGAGGCUCCUUCAAAAAUCCUUCCUCCUUUGAAGGGAAGGGACCACUUAGUUAUGUGAAGAAGAUGACAGAAGAAAAGCGCAACAGCCACGCAGAAAACGGUUGUAAAAAUGAAAAAUUAUUCAGUGGAGAGUUUACAAAGACUGAGUAGAUUUUGUCCUAUUGUUAACUGUUGUGAAGUAUUUUUAAUAAGGAAAAUUAAUCUACAUACAUAAAACCAAGAGACAUAGCAAGUCAAUGGUAUUUGAGGGUACUGCUGAGGAAUGAUCGUGAUGGCAGAUCAAAGAAGGAAUGCUGUGAACACUGAAAUUUUAACCUCAUGCUUACCAUACUAGGUGUUGGUCUCCAGGACAGGUCGUGUCUCUGUAGCCAGCAUAUCUGUAACUUGUAUAGCCUCAACAACAAUUUUUAUAAGGAUAGAGAAUAAAUUAUUGAGAGGACUAGGUUAUGUCCUUUGCCUUAAUAAAUCCAUCCACAUUUGUUAAGAAAAAUACAUUGUGCUUGAUAAUACCAAGACUAAGCAUCAUAACAAAGAAAUAAUAAUAUAAACAUGGUUCCUUGUUUCCGGAAUGGUUAAGUCUUCAGUGUUGGUACAAUAAUGACUACCUGUAGUAUUUUGUAUACGUGGAUACAUCAGUGUGAAAAAAAUGUCUGAUAGAACUUAUUAGUGGCCUCGUAUAUGACCUAGUUAAUAGCAGAUUUAGUAAGAUUAUCAUCAUCCAGUGUAGGAAGCUUAUUCUCUGGGGACAUUGUAAAAUAAUACAUUUUACUGAUGAAAAAAACAAAUUAGAAUUUUAAAAAAAUACUGCUACUACCACGAUUUAAUCCAGAUCUGGGAUUAUUUAAAGAUUUUGACGGUUAUUAUUUUAAACCAUUAUUUAAUAAGUAUAAAAACUAUGUGAACCUGAAUAUAUUUAUAAAGGGAAAUUUGAUGCCCAAAUAAUAUAUUUGACACUACUGCUUUUUUAAUUAAAUGGAUGCACUGCACUUUUGAUAUGUUUCAGUUACAAUCCUGUAAUUUCCUAUAAAAGGAAGUAAUUGCCAAAUAUUUAGGCCGAUCGCUGAAGAUUAGUUUUGAAAUCUUAUUUUCCCUCUUCUCCCUUCACUUUUUCCCCACUUUCUCUGCAAAAAGAUCUAACAAAUAGUUUCAUAAAGAAAUGUUGUGAGUUGUAACAUAAAUAUAUUGGGAAAAUGUGGUUUGGAAAGGCAUUCUAUAAGCUAUUUAUGUAAAAUCAAUAAAAGUUGAUUAUUACUAUUGUUAUACUGUAUCAGUUAAAUAUCGUAACAGCACAAAGUAUUCUUUGUACAAAUUCCGUGUCAAUUUGAAACCACAGAAUUGAUGUGGAUUGUCAGGACUUUUGUAAAUGUCCCCAAAUGCUCAAUGUCAAGGGGAGAAAAGAGGGGGUAUCACAUUCUUUUUGUUUUAGCAAGAGACCAGUCCUAAAAUGUAAUGCUUGGGAUCCAGAAGAAAAUAUGUUUUUCUGAGUUACUGUUACAGUGUUGUGCUACUUAAACAUACUAGAGAACCAGGUGGUGGUUUGUAACUGACAGAUAUGGCCCGCGAUUUCCACUGACU